UGUAGGUUGGCCCCGCCCCCAGGGCGCGCGGGGCAGCCCCGGGCGGGGGAGCCGGUCCCGUAUAAAGCGGCGGGGCCGAGCCCGCUGCUGCUUCUCCUGCUGCCGCCCCUGCCGCCCCCCGCGAUGCUGCGGCUCCUCCUGCUCCUGCCGCUCCUCGCCGCCGCCGGCGCCCUGCCCACCCCGCUCCGCCGCCGCCGGAGCGCCUCGCUGCCCGUCGGCCCCUACGUGAGGCGCUACCUGAGCCAGCAGAUUGAUCACUUUGGAUUUGAUGAAAAUCGUACAUUCCAGCAGCGGUACCUUGUAGCAGAUCAGUACUGGAAGAAGGACAAUGGACCAAUACUGUUUUAUACAGGCAAUGAAGGAGACAUCGAGUGGUUCUGCAACAACACGGGUUUUAUGUGGGAUGUGGCUGAGGAUCUCAAUGCCAUGUUGGUAUUUGCUGAACAUAGAUAUUAUGGAGAAUCUUUGCCCUUUGGGAAUGAGUCUUUCAGCGAUUCCAAGCAUCUCAAUUACCUGACAUCAGAACAAGCUCUGGCAGACUUUGCAGUACUUGUUGAGUACUUAAAGACGACCAUUGCAGGAGCCAAGCACAGUCCAGUCAUAGCUAUUGGAGGGUCUUAUGGAGGAAUGCUUGCAGCCUGGUUUAGGAUGAAGUAUCCCCAUGUGGUGGUUGGAGCUCUGGCAGCCUCUGCCCCAAUCUGGCAGUUUGGUGAUUUGGUUCCAUGUGGCACAUUUUUCAGCAUAGUGACCGAUGAUUUCAAAAAGAGUGGCAAGGGCUGCUCAGAGAGCAUCCGGAAUUCCUGGAAUGCUAUUAACCACCUUUCCUCAACAGAUGCAGGUUUGCAGUGGCUUUCCAACGCAUUUCAUUUGUGCAGCCCCUUAAAAACUCCUCAGGAUGCUGCUGUAUUGAAAAAUUGGCUGAGUGAAACAUGGGUAAACUUGGCUAUGGUGAAUUAUCCCUAUAAGGCUGACUUCUUGCAGCCUCUGCCAGCUUGGCCUAUACAGGAAGUCUGCAAGUUCUUGAAGGAUCCCAGUCUCUCUGACAAAUUGUUGCUGCAGAAUGUUUUCCAGGCAGUAAAUUUAUAUUACAAUUAUACAGGAGAGGCCUCAUGCUUAGAUGUGUCGCAGACUGCAACGAAGAGUCUGGGUGAAAUGGGUUGGUACUACCAGGCUUGCACUGAGAUGGUGAUGCCCUUGUGCACAGAUGGUGUCCAUGACAUGUUUGAGCCUCAGAAGUGGGACUUUGAUGCACUUUCAGAAGAGUGUUUCAGGAUGUGGGGAGUGAGGCCUCGCCUCUCUUGGAUUCUUUCUAUGUUUGGAGGAAAAAACAUCAGUUCACACAGCAACAUCAUCUUCAGCAAUGGUGGCCUGGAUCCGUGGUCUGCAGGUGGGGUGACCCAGAACAUCACCAAUUCCCUCGUGGCAGUUGUGAUCCCGGAUGGGGCCCAUCACCUGGACCUACGCAGCCGGAACCCUUUGGACCCCAAGUCUGUGCAGCAAGCUCGAGCCAUGGAGAUCUGCCUCAUGAAGGAGUGGAUUGAAAAGGCCAGGCACAGCCACUGAAGUGGUACUGCAACAACUGUGGCCAUUUCAUCUCUCUUGGCUUUGCUGGGAGUAGGGCCAGGCCUUGCGAUACGGUCAUUGGAGCAUUUCCCUCCUGCUUCCUCACCUGCACCGCAGUGGUCACCAUGGCUCGUGUCCAUGAGAGAGGCAGGCAGCAGAUGGAUGGAGAGCAUUCUCAGAUGAUAAACUCCAGUCAGAGUGCAUGGAUUGAGCUACCUGCUCUGGUUUGCUUUCCUCUUCUGCUCUUCUGAAAUGCUGUACUUUACUGCACAGUAAUGGGUUCUUGUUCUAGGCUUGUUGCUCUUCUCCUCGCUGCGCUGAGUGAUUGUUCCAACUGCUGGUGUAUCCAACAGUGGAUUACAUGGGAGUGCUGUUGGUAGUGAAACUCUUGCUGCCUCCAGUGUGACUGAAUUUCAGACAUCCUCUGCUGGUGGACAUAAUGAGGGAACAGAAAUCACAUCUUACUGUAAUGUUUGGUGGAGAUGUAGGGAAGGCCUGGGGAAAGUGGCUGUGCUGUUUGUAGGGAAACUAAACCCUUACCCAGCCCUUACCCUUUGGAUUCAGUGUUGGAAAAGAAGUAAAUGUACAACUUUUUUUUUCUACCUAGUUUUCCAGCAGCUUAUUCAUCAGUGGAUUUUUGUACUCUGUGCUGUACUGAAUGGUCAGGGCUGGGCCCAGACUCACUCUGCUGAUAACUGGCUGAGCAUGCAGAAUCUGCAUCAAGAUUUUACUUCUUCUUUUGCUGUGAGUUCUAAUUCUGAGCUAUGUCACUAUCUGUGCUGAUGGUUACCAAAGAAAACUGAGUAUAUUUUGUGUGUGUAUCCCUCACAAAUUCUUAGCUUUUUAAAAUCAGGAAGCUUUUGAAGCUAUUCUCUCGAAGAGAAAAUGUGACACUUGUGCUGGCUACAUCUUAUGAAGUGAUAAAUAAUUGGGGCUGUGCCUUGUGUGGGUUCUUCCCUCCCCUUCAUUCUGUGUAUUGUUCAAAUUCUGCAUGAUCUGUUUGCUGAUGGCUCUUCAAUAAAAGCCUUUAAAAAAAUUGUUUGCUGGACAAACUAUUGAAAACACAGAAUGCAGCUAUUCCCUUGGAUCAGCCUAAAGCCUGAUGCUGAGCUCACCAAGCCAGGUGCACUGGGCUUUCUGUAAGGCUUCCAAAGCAGACAAACUGCCCUGAUUCAUGAGACAGCAUAUUUGACAUUAAUAAAUGGCUGGGGCAGUCCCCUUGUUUUCCAGCUUUGGCUUCAUUCACACUGCAGCCCUUCUUCAGAAAGGAUUCUUUGCAGUUUAAAGGACAACUGCAUUUUAGAAUGACUCAGGCAAGUCUUCAUGUCCCCAGACUCUUAUAAUUCCAUCUCUGUUAAAAAGUUUUCUCAGCUUUGGUGGUAUGCCUGACAGUUGAGUAUAUUCCUAAGAUCCCAGGUGGCCCUUUCUGUUUCCAGUCUCCUCCAGUCCUCUGGGAACAAAGAGAGCCCAACACUGAAUUUUUAUCUUUUCAAACACUCCUGUGUAUCUUCUUUCCAGUAGAUUAUCUUUUUCCUCAUCUAGUGUUAAACAUGGCAUUUAUGUUCAGACUCUGCAGUCUGAACAUUCCUGUGCUUUUGAGCAAGGUAAUUUAGAGACUCCAGAGAACAAGGCCAGGGCUUAAGGAUGAGCUGUGUGGGAUUUGCCUGAAACCUAUUGACUAAAAGCUGUUGGUGUUCCCCUUUUCCAAUAGUUCCAGUUUUUGCUGUAAAUAUAUUCCAGACUCUCACUCAUGGACUUUAGAAUCCUUAUUUAGAAACAUAGAAACAUUUAGAAUCCUUGGAUAGAAACAUAUCCUUGAUUGUUUUGAAACAAAAGGUAUUGGGUUUUGAUCAGUUAUGUUACAGGAAAGUUUUUAGAAAUACUGUUGUAUUUUCUUACACGUUAAUUGAUGUGUGGUAAUGUCCUGGUUUACUGCGGGGUGAGGAUUGAGACCUGUAAGACUUAGUAUAAAUUUGGGGAUCAGAAAUUAUUUGCUUGAGCAAACAAGAUCCUGGUCCAAUUGCUCCCACUAGUCCUCUGAUUGUCCAGGGUGCUACCCCAAGUGAAAAUUUUGGGAUAAGCAUUUCCAUGUUGUAUGGAUAAAGAUGUGAACAGCCCAAAUUAACAGCUACUCCAUAUUAUUAGUCAGCUUGUGUCUCCUCUUUCUCUCCUGCUAGUGAACUUACUGUCUCAGGAAACAGCUGCUGCUUUGUUGUAUGGAAAACACUUUUUAGUUUCAAGCAGCAUAAGUAAUUUAAAGUUUCAUUCCUCUUUCUCUUUUCACUCCUUUCAUAAGCAAAAAAAAGUUACCUUCAACAACAUUUAGGACCAUAUGCAUUUUUUCAGUUUUAAGUUUUGUGAAAUGACACUUAAAUUUUUUUUUCAGAGGUGUUUUGUUUGUGUUUUUUGUUUGUUGGGGGGGGAUGUUAAUACUCUUUAAUGUUCCAUACAGGUUCUGUCUGUGAGACCGAUUCAAGUGCACUUUGGAUCAGGUUCUUAUUGGUUGGACCAGUUUAUGAAUUAUGUGACUUGUUUUUAUGGAAUUUUUAAUUGAUUUUACUUUUUUCCCAUCAAGCUGAGUAGGUCUUAUUUAUCUCAGACAUUCAUCUCAGAUAGGUCUCAUUAUCUCAAACAUUCAGACUUCAUUUUAAAAUCCAUAUACACAUUUUGAAUGCUACCAAGGGACAGCCCUGUGGUUUGGCUACCUUAUCUAACUGUUAGCUCUCCUGUGUGCUUCAUACAGGUGAGAAUGAGUUGGGCCAUAACAAAUAAAUGGUUGAUGGAUCUUUCCAGGCAUAUGAUGAUGGGCCAUACUUCCUCUCAGGAUUAUGUAAGUCUUUGGCUUGUGUCAGAAAUUACUGGAAUUUAAGACUUUGUGUUUCCCACUCACUGGGAAAAAUGCAGAAGGAAAAAGAAUUAAUGUUUUCCCCAAAGCAUGAAUCUUGGUGUUGAGCCUGCAGUUUGUAUCAAUAAAAAUGCAUUGGAAUAA